CAGGGGCAGACUGAUGAUUUGGAAAUUCGGGCACUGCCCGAGGGCCUGGGGUCAGUAGGGGGACCCAUGAGAUGCCCCUGGUACCUUUUUCAUAGGCUUUUUUGAGUUUGGGCAAGGACACAGGGGCCCCAUGAUCCCCUAUUGCCCGGGAGCCCCAUGAGUUGUCAGUCCGCCCCUGGUUGUACCGCAACUGCCCUGCAACCAUGAGCAUGCAUGUGAUUGUGGCAUGGUGGGUCAGUAUUCUGAGGGUGCAAGUGUACAAUCCAAAUGCACACGUUCCUGCGUUAAAAACGGCUGUGUGUAUAAGUGGGCAAGAACACAGGGGCCCCAUGAUCCCCUAUUGCCCGGGGGCCCCA